AAUAACUGUAAAAGUUAGGGGUAAAAUAGGGAAUCAAUUAAAUGUUAGUUUUAGCGAGCAAAACGGUUUCGUAUUUACGCGGUGGUUGCGGAAUCUAGGGGUUAUACACCAUAUCCCGCUUCAUUUGAUUUUCAACUCCGUUUUCUCCUUCUCCGGUCACCCACCGGCGGCCAUAUUGAUAAAGACAACGGUAUCGCCGAUUAUCCUUUUUAAGUGAUACCGUUGCUUUGCUUUGCUUUGUGAGAGAGAUUAUUUUGAGUAAUGUGAAAAAUAAGAUAACGAAACGUUGAAGAAACGAAAUGGAUAAAAGAGGUGGUGUUGUUGCUGCAAUGGUUACGAAAUUGGUGUUCUAAUUGUGAUUCGUGAAGAUGAGCGAGGAGCAAGGAGGAAACAAUGUUCCUUAUUCAAAUGGCAAAGAAGAGAGAAUCUAUGUUGCAAUUAGAGUAAGGCCUUUGAAUGAAAAAGAAAAAACGAGGCAGGAUGUUUCAGAAUGGGAAUGUGUUUCUCAUAGCACGAUCAAAUUCAAGAACAAUGGUCAUGCAGAACAGCGAUCAUCGCCGGAUACAUAUACAUUUGAUAGGGUAUUUGGAGAAAAAUGUCCCACUAAGCAGGUUUAUGAGCAAGGGAUUAAGGAAGUUGCCCUUUCAGUAAUUAGGGGUAUCAACUCUAGCAUUUUCGCGUAUGGGCAAACAAGCAGUGGAAAGACAUAUACCAUGACUGGAAUUACUGAACUUGCAGUGAAGGAUAUCUAUGAAUACAUAGAAAAGCAUAAAGAAAGAGAGUUUAUUGUGAAGUUCUCUGCCUUGGAAAUAUAUAAUGAAGCUGUUAGAGACCUUCUUAAUUCAAAUGCUACCACACUAAGACUCCUAGAUGAUCCAGAGAAAGGGACUGUUGUUGAGAAACUUACUGAGGAGACUCUGACAGAGAGGAGUCAAUUGCAGCAACUUAUUUCAAAAUGUGCAGCUGAAAGGACAACAGAAGAAACUGCCAUGAAUGAAACAAGCUCCAGAUCUCAUCAAAUUCUUCGAUUGACACUUGAAAGCAAUCCUAGUGAUUUUGUAGGCACUGCAAGAUCUGGCGCACUUUUUGCCAGUGUGAAUUUUGUUGAUCUGGCAGGAAGUGAGCGUGCUUCUCAAGCAUUAUCAGCAGGCACAAGGUUGAGAGAAGGUAGUCACAUAAAUCGCAGUUUACUAACCCUCGGAACCGUAAUCCGAAAACUAAGCAAGGAAAAAAAUGGGCACAUACCUUACAGAGAUUCUAAGCUUACUCGCAUUCUGCAUAACUCUUUAGGAGGCAAUGCCAGAACAGCCAUCAUUUGUACAAUUAGUCCUGCACGCAGCCAGAUUGAGCAAUCAAAAAAUACUCUAUUUUUUGCUAGUUGCGCAAAGCAGGUGACUACUAAUGCUCGGGUCAACGUCGUCAUGUCAGACAAGCUUUUGGUAAAGCAGCUACAAAAUGAAUUGGCUAGAAUGGAGAAUGAGUUAAAGAGCUUAAGUACCAUCAUACUUAAGGAAAGGGAACAUCAAAUUGAACAGAAGGAUAAGGAGAUCAAAGAAUUAACUAGACAACGUGAUCUCUUUCAAAAUUUGCUCCAAUCAGUUGGGAAAGAUCAAGUUUUAAGAGUAGAUCAAGAUUGGGCCUCAGAAUGGUCAGGUGUUUCUAAUGAUCUUAGUCCGGUUACAAAUGUCAUUCCUGAGAAUCUUGACAGAACAACAUCUGGUUCGUCUAUUUCUAAUGAGAACCUUUUCAAGCAACCUGAGUAUUCUGAAGACAACUUUCUCUUGGACGGUUGUCCUCCGACAUUUGUUGGGCCCGAUCCUUGUCAAGGUUGGGAGGAGAUGGCUAGCAGAUCUGAAUUUGAAGAUAGCUUCAAGGAAUUACCGUGCGUUGAAAUAAAAGAAGUGGAAAAAGAGGACAAACCAGAUAUUAAUAUGCCUAUUUCUACUUUUGAAGAAAGGGAAGGAUCCACUCAUGCUUUUGAAGAAAGUGAAGGAAAUUCACCCAUGAUUCAAUUUGUGGAAGUAGAUGGUAAAUCACCCAUGGGGAGUGGACAUAGUGAUCAAGAUGCUCCUCAGCAAAAAAUUGAGGACAUUAAAAGGACCAACAACCAUCAUGUAAACCACACAGAGAAAUUUAAUGACUCAUUUGAAUCUGAAACUUGUUGUAUGGCUACCAUAUCUCUUCCUCAGGUAGAAUGUAAAUCAUCUAUAUGGAAUGGGCAUAGUGAUCAAGAUGCUCCUCAGGAAAAAAUUGAGGACAUUAAAAGAACCAACAUCCAUCUUGCAAACCAUACAGAGAAAUCCAAUGACUCAUUUGAAUCGGAAACGUGUUGUAUGGCUCCCAUGUCUCCUCCUCAGGUAGAACGUAAAUCAUCUACAGAGAAUGGGCAUAGUGGUGAAGAUGCUCCUAAGCAAAAAAUUGAGGACAUUAAAAGGACCAACAAUCAUAUUGUGAACCUCAAAGAGAAAUCUAUUGAUUCAUUUGAAUCUAAACCAUGUUGCAUGGAUGCAAUGUCUCUCCCUCAGGUAGAAUGUAAAUCAUCUAUAUGGAAUGGGCAUAGUGAUCAAUAUGCUCCUCAGAAAAAAAUUGAGGACGUUAAAAUUACCAACCACCAUCUUGUGUACGUAUCAGAGAAAUCUAAUGACUCAUAUGAAUCAGAAUCCUUUUGCAUGACAGCCCCGUCUCAUCCUCUGGUAGAAUGUAAAUCAUCUAAAGGGGAUGAGCAUAAUGAUCAAGAUGAUCCUCAACUAAAAAUUGAGGACAUUAAAAGGACCAAUGACCUUGCGAACAUCACACAUGAAUAUAAUGAUUCGUUUGAGCCUGAACCCUGUUGCAUAGCUGUCAUGUCUCCUCCUCAGGCAGAACCUAAAUCAUCUACAUGGAACGAGUGUGAUGUUCAAAAUGCUCCUCGGCAAAAAACCGAGGACAUUGAAAGAACCAAUGACCGUCUUGUGAACCUCAAAGAGAAAUCUAAAGACUCGUUUCAAUUUGAACCAUGUUUCAUGGAUGCCAUGUCUCCUCGACAUGUCGAACCUAACUCAUCUAUAAUGAACGGGCAUAGUGAUCAAAAUGCUCCUCGUCAAAAAAUUGAAGACAUUGAAAUGACCAACGACCAUCUUGUGAACAUCGCAUAUAAAUCUAAUGACUCAUUUAAAUAUGAACCCUAUUGCAUGGUUGCCAUGUCUCCUUCUCGGUCAGAACCUAAAUCAUAUAGAAGAAACAGAGAUAGUGAUCAAAAUGCUCCUCACAAGAAAAUUGAGGACAUCGAAAGGACCAACGGCCAUCUUGUGAACCUCCCAGAGAAAUCUAAUGACCCAUCAGAACAUGAAUCAUGUUCCAUGGUUGUCGUGUCUCCUCGUCAGGUAGAUUGUAAAUCAUCUACAGGGAAUGGACAUAGUGAUCAAUAUGUUCCUCAACAAAAAAUUGAGGACAUUAAAAGGACGAACGACCAUCUUGUGAACCUAUCAGAGAAAUCUAUUGACUCAUUUGAAUCGGAACCCUGUUGCAUGGCUGCCAUAUCUCUUCCUUUUGUAGAUGGCAAGUCAUUUGUAGGGAAUGGGCAUAGUGAUCAAGAUGCUCCUCAACAAAAAACUGAGGAUAUUAAAAGGACCAAAGACCAUCUUGUUAACAUCUCAACUAAAUCUAACGAUUCAUUUGAAUCUGAACCCCGUUGCAUGACUGCCAUGUCUCUUCCUCAGGUAGAUGGUAAAUCUUCUAUAGGGAAUGGACAUAGUGAUCAAGAUGCUCCUCAGCGAAAAGUUGAGGACAUUAAAAGGUCCAGUGACCAUCUUGUGAACCUCUCAGAGAAAUCUAAUGACUCAUUUGAAUCCAAAUCGCGUUGUAUGGCUGCCAUUUCUCCUCCUCGGGUAGAUAAGGUGGAUCAGGAAAAUUCAUCGCAUUCUCAGUUCCUUAAGUUGGAGCAGAAUAUGUCACCUUCUUCGUCCAAUAAGCUAGACCAGGAACCCACAUCACCUCAUCAGUUUGAUCAGGAAGACCUUAAAACUAUAUCACCUCCUCAACUUGAUGACAUGGAACAAGUAUCAUUCAAAGCAUCAGCUGGUGCUGAAAAGGAAUACUUUUUGGAAUGCUUUCCUGAGAAGUUAUCUGAACCGAAGUUACGUGCUAAAAGAAGAAAAACUUCAAAAAAAUCUUCUAUAAUUCACGAGAUGAAUGCUUCAGUAGAAGAUGCAGAAUCUGUUAUGGAUUCUGAUACGGAGGAAACUUCCAGCGUCCUUAGUUUUGUAGUAAGAAUGGAUGAAAGUCUAAAACCAAAACCAGUGGUCAAAGACAUUGAUAAUCUUAUGGUACCUAUGAGAACACCUCCAAUCAACAAAAAUGUGAACAGAGUAAGAGGUCUCAGUUUACCCGGAGUUUGGGGGACUUUAAUACCCUCUAAAUUUGAGAUGCAGCAAAGAGAUAUAGUCGAACUUUGGGAUGCAUGCAAUGUGCCACUCGUACAUAGGUCCUAUUUUUUCCUUCUCAUCAAAGGUGAACUUUCAGAUUCUGUGUACUUGGAUGUAGAGCUCAGACGUUUGUCCUUUUUAAAGGACACUUUUUCUAGUGGAAAUCAAACUACAGGAGUAGAAGGUCAUGAUGUCACACCCAAUUCGAGCCUGCUGUCUCUAACCCGUGAGAGGAAAAUGCUCAGUAAGCAAGUGCAUAAGAAGUUUUCGAGGAAGGGAAGAGAGGAACUAUACCUGAAGUGGGGUAUUGAUUUGAAGACAAAACACAGAAGUAUACAAUUGGCAUGGCUCAUAUGGACGGAUACAAGAGAUUUGAACCACAUAAGAGAAAGUGCUGCGCUUGUUGCAAAGUUGGUUGGUUUUAUUAACACGGGUGAGACCUCAAAGAAAACUUUUGGAUUUGGCUUCUUAAGCCGACGUAAGAGCAUAAAAUCCCUUAGUUGGAAGGACACAAUGUCUACCCUUUAAUAGAGCUAGCUUGAGGGGGAAAAAGGGGACAUUUCAGCAAUUUAAAUUCAGGCUUAUUUUUUCUGCUUGCUGUGUCGUAUGACAAUGAGAAAAACCCUUUGUCGCACAUCAUGCUUGAUGCCCAAGCCAACAUUAGUAAUAAAACAUUGGGCAAAACAAACAAAAGAAAGAAAGAAAACAAUUCUUGUGCAAAUAAAUCUGUUAUGGAGUUGUUAAUAUUGUGUAACACAUCUAUCAUUAAAAUUUCUUUUUCAUGGGUUUGAAUGUGUAUGAAGAUUGAUGAAGGUGAUGGAGAUGAAGAAGAAAUAGAAGGAAGGAGAUGAAGAAAAGAAAAGAAAAAUCAUGUGUUUGUGGUUCACUAUUAAAUUCAAUGGUAUUACAUGAUCCAAGGGUCUAUUUUGUUUCAAAAUAA